CGUCCGCAACAUCCGGGUCCCCGGACAAGGAUGAACGGCGACUUCCAAGAUGGCGGCGGAGGGAGGAGGGAAGGAGACGAACGAGAUUAAAACGCAAUUCACCACCCGGGAAGGCGUCUACAAACUCCUCACGCACUCAGAGUACAGCCGCCCGAACCGGGUACCCUUCAACUCGCAGGGCUCCAACCCCGUCAGGGUCUCCUUCGUCAACGUCAACGACCAGUCGGGCAACGGCGACAGGAUCUGCUUCAAUGUGGGCCGGGAGCUCUACUUUUAUAUCUACAAAGGUGUGAGAAAGGCUGCCGACCUGAGCAAGCCCAUAGACAAGCGGAUAUACAAAGGCACGCAGCCCACGUGCCACGACUUCAACCCGCUCACCGCCACUGCUGAGAGCGUCUCGCUGCUGGUGGGCUUCUCGGCGGGCCAGGUGCAGCUCAUCGACCCAAUCAAGAAGGAGACCAGCAAGCUCUUCAAUGAAGAGAGACUCAUCGACAAGUCUCGGGUGACGUGCGUGCGAUGGGUCCCCGGUUCUGAGAGCCUCUUUUUGGUGGCCCAUUCAAGCGGCACCAUGUACCUGUACAAUGUGGAGAACACGUGUGGCACGGCGGCGCCCCACUACCAGCUCCUCAAGCAGGGGGACAACUACGCCGUGCACACCUGCAAGAGCAAGUCGGGUCGCAACCCUUUACUGCGCUGGACUGUGGGCGAUGGCGCGCUCAAUGAGUUCGCCUUCUCCCCGGACGGUAAGUUCCUGGCAUGCGCCAGCCAGGACGGCUACCUGCGGGUGUUCGGCUUCGACGCGGCCGAGCUGCACGGCACCAUGAAGAGCUACUUUGGCGGCUUGCUUUGCGUGUGCUGGAGUCCCGACGGUCGCUACAUCGUGGCGGGCGGGGAGGACGACCUGGUGACUGUGUGGUCGUUCUCGGACUGCAGGGUGAUCGCGCGGGGACACGGACACAAGUCGUGGGUGAGCGUUGUGGCUUUCGACCACUGCACCACCAGUGUGGAGGACGCCGGCAACGGCGGCGAACCCCCCGCCGAGUUCAGCGGCAGCGACGAGGACUUUUACGAGCAUAUUCACUUUAGCGCAGGGAGGGACCGGGCCAACAGCGCCCACUCCCGACUUUCCAAGAGGAACUCUACGGACAGUCGGCCUGUAAGCGUGACGUACCGAUUUGGGUCCGUGGGCCAGGACACCCAGCUGUGUCUGUGGGACCUCACCGAAGACAUUCUCUUCCCUCACCUCCCUUUGUCUCGGACCAGGACUCACACUAAUGUCAUGAAUGCCUCCAGCCCCCCGGCCACCGGAGCGAACACUAUUUUCACUUCCGGUACCAAUGGUAAAGACAAUGUUAGCAAUAGCAGUACCGGCGGCAACACGCCAAACUCCCUCCCGGGGACGCUGCCUCGCUCCAACAGCCUACCGCAAUCCUCCAAUCCGGCAGGGGGCGGGAGCACCCCGAACAGUCACACGGACAGCAGCAGCAGCAGCGGUAGCGCUGCCGCCGCCACCGUCGCAACCUCAAAGGGCGGCGGCAGCAUCAUGGACAGUGCCCUGAUCGCCGCUGGCGUGGGCAAGUUCGCCACGCUGUCGCUGCACGAGACACGCAAGGAUCGACCGGAGAAGGAGCAUAAGCGCAUGCACAGCGCCGGCCACAUCGGCAGCAAGAGCGGCGACAAACUCAGCCAGCUGGGCGCCUCGCGCUCAGCGGCGACCAAAGGCGACACCGCCAAGACACUGGGCACGGCGCUGUGCCCGCACAUGGAGGAGGUGCCGCUGUUGGAGCCACUGAUGUGCAAGAAGAUCGCCCACGAGAGACUGACGGUGUUGAUCUUCUUAGAGGACUGUCUGGUCACGGCCUGUCAGGAGGGCUUCGUUUGCACCUGGGCCAGGCCCGGGAAAGUGGGACUGCUAUCAUCUCAAAACAACCCCACCAACUCCCCCAGUGGAACCGUGGUAUAGCCCCCCCAUCACAGCCACAGAGGCGGCGGAUGACGACCUAGACAUGGUUCAUGGAAACUUGACGCCUUUAGUCUGCAGUGAAAUGGGUGCUAUUUGACAAAGAGGAUGAGGAGCUUUAAGGUUUUUAUAGGAAGGGCUGACUGGUUCCCUGUUCAUAUGAUGGUGGUUGUUAUCAUGCCUACAGUCUUCUUGUUGGCUCCCAAUUCUUUAUUUUAUGUACUGGGCCUCUUAAAGGGAACAAUAUUUUUGAAGUGGCUGCAUAUCCUCUGCUAAUGGAGGUAAUACUUCCUUAAAUCACACAAAGUGUAUUUGCACAAAUUUAGCAGCCCUUCCUCCCUGGUGUUUGCGUGUGUUUAUUUUUUUUAUUCCUAGCAGAAGAACACAAGCAGAUUUUGGAAGCACUUGGUUUAUUGGCGCCCUUUGUCUCCCACUGGAUGCUGCAAUCAUGUUUUAUUAUUAUUAUUUAGGAAAAUUAUGUUUGCACUUAACAGUUUGUUGUUCCGAGGAGAACGGAUGUAAUUUUUUUUGGAGUGUUCAAUAGAAUUAAAAAAACCUUUGUACCUAUUGUUUAUUUUAAUAUGGUUUUCCACAUGAAACAGGCUCUGUAUAGUAUGUAAAUAUUGUACUGGAAUGAUUUAUGGAGAUGAUUAAUAGUUAGAGCCUCUUUUUUUGAGAAGAAAAUAGCUUAUUUCUAAUACAGAAAAUGUAAUAUUAAAAUGAAUCUUGAAUAUGCAGAUUUUUUUUUUUCCAUUUCCGUUGUACAUAAAGAGAGUUCAGGUGUAUUUUUUCUUAACGCAACGUUUGGUAUAAUGAUAUAGAAGAUGCUUUUAUCUAAUGGCUAGUGGUGAACGCUCUUGUUCAGCCAUCAUUCCGAGCUCAGGUAAAACGCGCGCUGGCCUAUCGUGUGAAUCGACUCCCACCCACAGCAACUCCUCUUAGUGUGAGCGGCGUGGUUAUGAUGAUGAUGAUUAUUUUUUGAAAACAACACUGUGUUGAUUCAUGCUAGAGCUGGACAGUGUUUUUCCUCUAGCGCCCACAAGAAGAAAGACCGUGCAAGUUUAACAGUGGCAGCCUUUUUCCUCCAUGUGACGCCUAUUAAACAGUUUGACAGACUAUA